CCCGCACGAUUUGACAGCUCCGUCCGUCAGUUUGACAGCUCCUGCUGUCAAAAUCGGCCGAUUUCAGUUCAGCGCCCUCGUUUCUACUUCCUUUCUUUUCUGAAGGUUUUGUGUACAGAAUCAGACAUGGUGAAGGCACGCAAGGAACCCGUCAACGCUGUCCAGGUCUUCGGACGCAAGAAAACCGCCACCGCUGUUGCGUACUGCAAGCGCGGAAAGGGUCUGCUGCGAGUGAACGGCCGCCCGCUCGAUCAGAUCGAACCCAAGGUUCUGCAGUACAAGCUCCAGGAGCCGCUGCUGCUGCUCGGCAAGGAAAAAUUCGCCGGUGUCGACAUCCGGAUCCGCGUUUCCGGUGGUGGCCAUGUCGCCCAGAUCUACGCCAUCCGCCAGGCCAUCUCCAAGGCGCUGGUUUCCUUCUACCAGAAGUAUGUGGAUGAAGCCUCCCGCAAGGAACUGAAGGACAUCCUGACCCAGUACGACCGUACCCUGCUGGUUGCCGAUCCCCGUCGGUGCGAACCGAAGAAGUUCGGAGGUCCAGGUGCCCGCGCUCGUUACCAGAAAUCGUACCGUUAAGCUCUCGCGUUCGGUUACGGUUUUUGUUUUACGGCUCUGCUGGUCGUAUUUUGUGGUUCGCAGUUCGAUGAGUGCCCCAUUGUCCGGCGCAGUUUGAUACGUUCUAAGAACUUAUGCAGAUUUAAGGAAGAUCACUUUGGGAAUAUGUGAAUUAAAGAAAGGAUGAGAAGAAAAGAUAAACGGAA